UGUGUUUCGCGAAAACAAGUGCUUGUGCGCGAGGCCGGUGAAGGCGGAAGGGCUGGUUUGCCAGCGCUCCCGAGCUCAGCUCUGCCCGGGUCCCUCCCGGCCGCGGUGCCUACACGGAGGCUGCAGAACAGGAGAUUGUGUUCUGGAUAGAAAGCUUUUUCAGUGUCUGGAGUCUUCAGGGUUUUGUACAGAUUUUCUGUUCCAAGAACCCUUUAUUUCUAAAUGUGAACCUGUAAUCUGAAGUGUAUGAUUUCUGUUUGUUACAUUAGCCUGUGCCUCGAUCUGCGUUUGCCUGCCUUUGAAAUUACGCUUCAAGUCCCCGCCCGAGGACUCUUUGCUUUGCCUGUAUGUCAUCAGCCAGUGAGCAGCAGGUGUGUGGAAGCCAGGCAGACCCGUUUUACAAGUGUGUGUCUACCUCUCAGCUCAUGUGUUGAAUAUGCACUCAAGCGAUCUCCCUCGGGAGACAGCUGAGAAGACCUUGAGGAGUAAAGCACUGAAGCUGGGAAGGUCUGGGGUAGGAAUAUAAGUGAGAAGGAUCUUAGUCAUAAGAAUUACCACCACAGAAGGUAACCAUUGACGUUACCAGGAGUGACCUCAGACAAACCGGGAACCAUCAGCGGGUGAGCUUCAGGAAGAGACAACCGCAGGGCAAGAGAAGUGGUGUUAAUUCAGAAGACAGAGGUUGGAGAACCAUUUGGUUGUAAUUGAACAUGACAAGGGAUGCAAAAAGAUUCACGCGUAUGCUCCUGGAAUGCAACAGCAAUGACAAGCUAUGUGUUGUGCGUGAAUAUCAAACGGAAGUGAUUGUUGUCCCAGUUAUCCUUGUGGGGUUUUUUGUCAUCGUGCUUACUGUGAUACUUUGGCUACACUGUCGAGGCUUGCGAGCAAAGCAAGAGCAAUCAUCAUCUGGAGAGCAAGUGAAAGACAAGAAUCAGCAAGAAUCCAGCUCAGCAGAGGACCACUAUAUCCAGCUGAGUGAGGCAUCUGUGGAGAGUCUGCUAAAUUCUGCAUCCUUGACUCUGAAAGAACUGGAGAUACCACGAGAGAAACUCUCACAAGGCACUUUGCAGCUCGUAAAACGUGGCCGCUAUGGGAACAUCUACAGAGCACAAUUGGAAACUGGGAACCCUAGGAAGACUAAGACUGUAGUAUUGAAAACCUUACAAGACAUGGCUAGUUCUCAGGAAGUAGAGAAUUUCCUGGGAAGAAUUAAAUUCCAUCAAAAUCUUGGCCAUCAUGAGAACUUGGUUGAACUACUUGGAUGCUGUGUAGACCAGUUCCCACUUUAUAUGAUCAUGGAAGAUGCGUCACUUGGUGACCUGCUGACAUUUCUAUGGACAUGUCGGAAGGAUGUAAUGACAAUGGAUGGUAUCCCAUAUGACCUUACAGAGAGGCAAGUAUACAAAGUCGGACAGCAAGUUGCAGCAGCUCUGGCUUAUCUUGAACAGAAGAAGUUGUUCCAUGGUGACAUUGCUGCCAGGAAUGUUCUCCUUCAUCACAACUUCACUGCUAAGCUCUGUGGUUUGGGUCUGGCCUAUGAAACUCUCACAUAUGGUGCCAACUCAGUCACACAGACUGUGCCAGUCAAGUGGCAGGCUCCAGAGCAGCUCUUGAAGAAAUCCCCCAGCAUCAAGGCAGACAUAUGGUCUUUUGGAAUUCUAUUGUAUGAAAUGAUUACAUUAGGUGCUCCACCAUAUCCUGAGGUGCCACCUUCUGACAUUUUAUCAUACCUGCAGAGACAGAACAUUAUGAAGCAGCCUUCAAGCUGCCAACAAGCCAUGUACAACAUCAUGAAGUCCUGCUGGCAGUGGAAUGCAACUAACCGACCUUCUCCUGCAGACCUGAUCCAAUCCCUACAAAGAGCUAUGAAGACCAGCAAUGACCGUGCUGUACUGCAGGUGCCUGAGCUAGUGGUGCCUGAACUCUAUGCUAGUGUUGCUGGUAUUCAUGUGCACAGUCUAGUAAGUGAAUACACUAUACUGUGAAGGACCUUUUCACUCCUGGUAAAGGAGAAGUCUCUGAGUUUGCCCUUUUUAGACACUUGGCAAGCUCAGAAUGGGAUGUGUAUGCUGAGAGGGAUCCCUUUGUUUUUCGAACACGUUAUAUUUAUCAGAUCUCUCCUCCAUUCCUGAAACAAACUAUUAUCAUUACUAUUUUUAAAUCAACCUAUUGAUACCACUCUGCUAGUGGUGAUUUGAAAGCAAAGUGGGUUUAGUAAGCUGUCAAAAAUGUCAUGAGAAACCUGAGUGUAUUGGGUUUGCAUGGUAAGGUUUUGGUAGUGGGAUGGAUACUCUGUAAAGGUGCCAGAAGAUCACCACACAUCUGAUAGAAACAGUUCCAGAUGGCUCCAAGAGGGACCCACCACUGACUGAAGAGAAGUCCAUUAGCCAUGUUGGUAGAAUCUCUGUGAGAACAUAUUUUAAAAAUGUUAAAAGAUACUGUGCAACAGUAGCCAGAAGAAAAGAGUCAAAAUAUGUGAGAGGAACAACUCUGCAGACACCAAGGUCAGUGAAGGAGAGGGAGAAGGUGUUCCAGGCACCAGCGAAGAGAUUCCCCUGCAGCCCCUGGUGAAACCAUGGUGAAGCAGGCUGUUCCCCUGCAGCUUGUUGAGGUUAAUGGUGGAGCAGCUAUCCACCUGCAGCCUGUGGAGGGCUCCAUGUCAGAGAUGGUGGAUGCCCAAAGAAGGCUGUGACCAUGUGGAGAGUCCAUGCUGGAGCAGCUCCUGGCAGGACUGUUACCUCAUGAAGUGAGGAGCCCAUGCUGAAGCAGCUUUGCUGGCAGGACUUGUGACGCCGUGGGAGACCCACAAUGGAGCAGUCUGUUCCUGAAGGACCACACCUUGUGGAAAGGACCCAUGCCAGGGCAGUCUGUGAAGAACUACACCCCAUGGAAAGGACCCACAUUGGAGAAGUUCAUGGAAGGUUAUCUUCCAUGGGAGGGACCCUACACUGGAGCAGGGGAAGAGCAUGAGCAAGGAAUGGCAGAGGCAAUGUGUGAUGAACUGACUGCAACAGCCAUUCCCUGUCCUUCUAUGCUGCUUUGGGGUGAGGAGGUAGAGAAAACUGGGAGUGAAGCAGAGCCCAAGAAGAACUGAGGAGUGGAGAGAGUGUGUUUUAAGAUUUAAUUUUAUUUCUUAUUACCCUGGUCUGGCUUUUGAUUGGCAAUAAGUUAUUCAUUUCUGUAAAUUGACUGUUUUCCCCGUGACUGGAAUUAGUGAGUGAUCUUUCUGUGUCCUUAUCUCAACCCACGAGCUUCCCCAUCAUAUUUUCUCUUUCUGGUCCAAUUAAGAAGGGGGAGUGAUUGAGUGCCUUUGUGGACACCUGGCAGCCCACCAAGGUCAACACACCACACAGAGGUUUCUGGAAAUCUCUCCCCAUCCUUUCUCUCCCAGGAAUCUGCAUCAGUUGGGUAUUCCAAAGAGGAGGUGUCCUGGAGAAUAUGCUAUGAUGCACAGCCCUUUAGGAGAAAGUGUACAGAGUAGAGAAUACAAAUGGGUAGCUUCCUGUCCAUUCACUAAGGAUCUAUUCAAGACCUCUGUGUACUUGACUUUUAAGUGUUCAAUAAAUGUCUGGUAUUUCUCCAGCACCUGGUACUCUAGCUUCCCAUGGGAGAAUGGGUACUGUAUUUAGAAACAAACAAACAGACAAACAAACAAACAAACAACCUGCAUAUCUGUGGGUGUAGAAGUUGUUACAUUAAUGUAAAACAUCUUUCAUGUAGAGGAUACCUUUCCAGUAGUGGCUUUUGGAUCAAGCAAGCACUCCAAGACCAAAAGCAUAUUAUCUCAUCCUUCUCUCAGGAAAUCUCUACAGACAUGAAGUUCUCGGAGAUUGUCCUUAACCAACCAUUCCAUUGAGCAGAGCAUGCCAUUUUUCAUAUGCUUAUCUUUUGAGUUGCUAAAUGCUGGGUUGAUUAUUUUAGUUUUUUGGGAACACCUAUCCAUGGUUAUAACAGCUACUGUGAAAACAGUAUGGAAAUGUUGCGUACACCAAAUAAGAAAGGUCAAUCUACCUUAAAAGUAACAUGAUGGGAACAAGCAUGCGUAGUGACAUCAUUGUGUGAUUAUAGUAAGAACAUACUAUAGCCUGUAUUUACCUCUGUGAUGACACUUUUACUACAUGACUUGGACAGUAAGGAUCUGGAUAUUGGGCAUUACCUGCCCUAUGACAAGUGUGGUAGUGUAGCAUUUGGUGAAUACUGUGGUGAUAACAGAGUACUUCAAGGUCUCACAGAUAACUUCGGUAAUUGUAUGGAGGCUGUAAGUUUGUGCCCAGUGAGCUGAAUAUGAACUCAAGAUAUGAACUGAAGAAUCAGCUUAAAAUAAUAGUACGAGAAAUUUUAUGUAUGUAGUUUUCUUGUAAGCCGUUUAUAUGCCAUGCAUUGAUCAGUUGAUGCAUUUUAACAUGAAAUUCAGAUUUGUUUCCACUACGGAUUUCAAUGACUAGGGUUGUUGCACUGGUGACUUAUGUUAGUGCACAUGAUUUGACUGUUCAGGUUGUCAGUGUUAUUGUGAGGUUUUUGCACACAAUUCAGUAAUGCCUUUGCUAAGGACAUAGGCACUACUUCACCCCUAGGACAGAUGAGGGGUCAAAGUCCCAGUGGAAAUACACCCGUAUAUCUUCAGUGCCUGCCUGGAGCAGAGACGUGGCUCUUCAACCAAAAAAAGUGCUUGUUCAGUACUAGUAUUUUAUAGUAUAAGGUGCACAAAGCUUAUCUGAAAAUAUAUGGGCAUUGAUUUCAAUGAAUAUACAAACUUUUUAAACAAUCAGAGGCACUUGAAGCUGUGAAUAUUUUUCCUUCAUUUCAAAAUAAGCAGAACCCAUCUGUGAAACAAGUUUUCUUCUCUGCCUUCUACUAUUUGUGAUUCCUACGUUAACAAUGCCUUGUAUUUUUUCCUCUAAUUAUUUUUGCACUGUGAACAAUAAAGUUUCUUUUAAGAAAAGUAAGA